AUGGUUGGACCUUACACCUUCCUCUCGGCGCUCGCCCUUUCGUCACUCGCCGCCGCUUUGCCCACCUCGGAACGUCGCACCGACGGCCAGGCGCAGUGCGACCUCCGCUUUGAUAAGCGAUUGCAGUUCGUGAACGGCGUAUUUCGAACGACGGUUUUCACGGAUCUUCACUAUGGUGAGGCUCAAGGUACAGACUGGCAACCUUGGGGUAUAGAGCAGGUGAGUGCCGCCCCUGCACGGGCCUUUCCGGCGACUACCAGAAAAGGGGUCGCACUCGGGCUUUUCGCCCGUUGGUUCGAAGAUCAUUUAUCCGAGGCGAGAGCGCGCAGUUGAUUGUGCCUUACGGGCUCGGAUCAACUAUCGGAUCUGACCUCAACGAACGCCUUUGCAUUUUUAUUUUUUUCUCUUGUAGGACAUCAACUCGACUUUAGUAAUGGACACAGUCCUCCAAGCCGAGAAGCCCCACCUUGUCGUGUUCAAUGGUGACCAAGUCACCGGCGAAGGCUUGUUGGCCGAGAACGCCACACUCGCCUACGACCGCUGCCUCGAGGCGACCGUCAACUCGCGUCUCCCUUUCGCUGCGAUCUACGGCAACCACGACAACUCGGUCAACAUCAGUCACACCAAGUUGUACCAACACGAAAAGUCGAACUACAGGCGUUGGUCGAUGACGCAGGCGAACCCGGAUUCUGCGAACGACCAGAACGGCAUCUACAACUACGUCUUGCCCGUCUUUGAGAACAACGCAGCGACCUCGCCUAGUCUCUUGCUGUGGUUCUUCGACUCGAGGAGUGGUAUCUUUGACGACCCUGCCCAAUACGAAGACUGGGUCGACCCAAAGGUCUCUUCGGUGAGCCAACCCGCGCGGCUCGGAAAGAUUUGACCCGGCCGAGUCUUUUCAUUGUAUCGUGCUAAACUAAGCGCUGACUCGAUUUUUACGCUGCAGUGGAUCAAAUCGACCGCCGAUUGCAUUCUGUCGACCUACAACUUGCGCUCGCUUCCCCCCUCGUUGACGUUCGUGCACAUCCCCGUCAGCCGCAUGAACCAACUCAAGGACGCGGACGUCAACCGCCGCCCCGCGAGCUACCGACCCGCCUUCAUCAACGACGACACCGUCAACUCGCAAGGCGAGCACCACCCCGCUGUGCACAGCCCCGAUGCUACGUUCUGGAACGCGGUUCGUUACACCUUGAACGGCGCUCAUGAGAACGGCGUCAUCGCCACCGUGGUAGGCCACGAUCACGGCAACGAGUGAGUGUUAACGCCACUGCGCUAUGUUCGAUCAAGUCGCUUUAUGUUACUAAUUCUUACUUGACGUCUCUCAGUUGGUGCGCCAAAUCGAGCACUCGCCCUUGGCAACACUGCUUUGCGCGGUAAGCCGCUGCUUCCUUCGCCUCAGCUUCUGUACGGUGGUCCCUCUUCAAUGGACUGACCUUGCCCAUGUAUUCCUCGCAUCCCCUUUGCUUCGUCUUCCCAAUUUUAUCUAGUCACUCGGGCUACGGCGGAUACGGCUCUUGGACUCGCGGCUCGCGAGUCAUUGAGGUUCGCUCGGGUUUGAACAGGAAGAACGAGACUCAAGCGCUCGUCGCGAACAGCUGGAUCCGCCUCGAGACAGGCGAUAAGACUAGCGAAUCGAUGCUCUGGAAGGCUUGA